AUGCUAACUGAUAAAAGACGUCUGGUUACUUUGUUGACCUUACUAUUGACAGCUACUAACGCCAAUGCCAAUGCCGAAAACCAUAACAAUGAUGGCACUAGCUAUGACAAACAUCUAGAAGAAAAAAUUAAAAGUGAAUUAACUAAGUACGACGAUGCUUCUAUCGCUAAAACUAUUUUGGAAUCUAGUCAUCAGAUGUACUUAGAUUCAAUUAUUCAAGUCACUGCCGAUGGAGACGAGACCCAGGUUUUCAAAUUUCCUGCUGAAUUAAAAUAUGUUGCUAAAAAAACUAUUAUUGGUCACAAUAAAACAGAAACAAAAUCAGACAGUGAAGAUACUGCUGCAAAAAGAUUAUUUAAUCCAUUGAUCAAUAAGAACAACAAGAAGUAUGCUGAUAUUUUACAAAAUUAUAAGGACAAUAACAAAGAGCUUACUGCUGUUAUCACUUUACCUGUUUUCCAUCCACAUGGGCCUCCACCUCAUCAUAAAAAGGAUAAGAAACCCGACUCAAAGUCACAUCAUAAAAAAGAUAAAAAAGAUAAAAAACACGAAAACAAGAAACAUGCACCUCCACCAUUGAAGAACACUGUUUAUGUUGUUGGUGUUUUAAAAGAUGUUGCUGACUUUGAAGAUUUUUAUGAAUUGGAGAUUACAAGAAUUUAUUUGGACAACCCUGUCAGUGCUUCUCCUUCUCCUUUACCACUACCAUCUGAUGGUAAUGAUGAUGAUGUUGAUGACGUUGCUGAUACUGAAGGCGAUGUUGACGAGGAUGCCGGAGAAAAUGCUGAAGAUGAUGAAUUUGUUGAUAUUAAAGAAGCUGAAAGUACUGACAACAACGAGGUCAACAACAGUCAUACACCUUCAUUUAUUGAAAUUGACUUAGAUCUAUUAGAAAAAGCUGAAUUUAUCCAUGGUUAUUUGGCUCCACCACCUUUCCAUCCUCAUCACCAUUUUGAUGAAGAUUAUCCUCAUCAUGAAUUUGAUGAAGAUUAUUCUCACCCACCACCACAUUGGGCCCGUGCUUCUCACCAUAGCUACAAACAUCCACAGAAUGGUUUUUCUUCUCAUGAAGAGGUUGAUUCUGAUGAAGAAUUUGUUCCUUCUUCAAGAUAUGAUGUUCGUGACGGAAAAUUUAAAAGAAGAAGAGGUAAAGGAAGACAUGCUAGGGGUCACCAUAAAUUUCAAUCGCGUAAUGAAUCACCAAGACCACGUGGUCAUCACUACAGUGAUGAUGAUGAUGAGUAUGAUGUUGAUGAAAUGCAUUUUAGAAAAGGCCGCGGUCGUCAUGCCUCUUCUCGUCAUCACCGUUUCAGAGACGACGAUGUUGAAUACGAUGCUGAUAGCAUGCAUUCUAAAAAGGGUCGUGGUCACCAUGUUUCAUCUCGUCACCACCGUUCUAGAGAUGAAGAAAAAGAUGAGGAGUUUGAACAAGAGUCUGAGGCCAUGGUUAACGAUGGGUGGAAAGCAAAAAAGGGACAUGGCUGUGGUAAGUCUGGAAAAAAAGAUUCAGAUGUUCCAUAUCCACAUUCUGCAGAGGAAUUUGAAAGUGUGAGUGAUGAAGUUGAAGGCGAGUCCAGAAAACAUGGCAAAAAGACCAGAAAACAUUAUCCCUCAAGAAAAUCCUUUGAAAAUCAAGACUUGAAUGACGAUUCUGAUGACGAAAAGCAUAGUUUUAAAGAUAAGAUUGAAACUCAAGAACAAAUUAUGUUAGAACAGUUGGUGGAAACCUCAAGCUGGGGAAAUUUAAAGGAGGCCUUGUGGAGAAUUAUAAACAAAUAUUAA